GCGCUCCGAAGCGAAGUUGCGAGCGCGCGCGUUCCUUCCCCGUGAACCUGAGUGUUGUGUGUUACUCUCCGUACUGCCUCGUCUCCGCAGCGGCUUUAGUUCCUUGUCCAGAACGCUCGUCCCCGGUGCUCGGAAUGUUCCCGGAACUCAAUAACCUUCUCAAUACCAGCCCUGACAGAGUGGAGCAGGGGACACUGACCCUACUGUGUGACGCUGGGACAGAUGGCAGUUUCCUCGUGCACCACUUUCUCUCCUUCUACCUCAAAGCUAAUUGUAAAGUCUGCUUUGUGGCGCUCGUCCAGUCCUUCAGUCACUAUAACGUCGUGGGACAGAAGCUGGGUGUCAGCCUGACCGCGGCCCGGGAGCGCGGGCAGCUCGUCUUCCUGGAGGGUCUCAAGUCGUCGGUGGACGUCGUCCUCCGGGCCGAGGCGGAGCCGCACCCGCUGGGCUUCCUCAGGGAGACCAGCGCCGGGAACCUGCAGCCGCUGUACGAGUUUGUGCGGGAGGCCCUGGAGCCCGUGGACCGCGGGGAGGCCGCCUGGAGGAGCCCGGUGCUGCUGGUGGAUGACCUCAGUGUGCUGCUGGGCCUGGGCGUGGGGGCGGUGGCCGUGCUGGACUUCAUCCACUACUGCCGGGCCACCGUGUGCUGCUCGCUGCAGGGAAGCAUCGUGGCCCUCGUGCACGACAGCGGAGAUGCCGAGGACGAGGAGAGUGACGUGCUGUUGAAUGGCCUCAGCCACCAGAGCCACCUGAUCCUGCGGGCCGAGGGCCUGGCCACCGGCUUCUGCAGGGACGUGCACGGGCAGGUGCGUGCAUGGGCAGCUGAGGAUCCUGUGGCGGAGACCGUCGCCGCCCACCGCCGCCCGGCGGGACCGGAGCCUCACUUUCCAGUACAAGAUACAGGACAAGAGCGUGUCCUUCUUCGCCAGAGGCCUGUCUCCGGCCGUCCUGUGAGCGGACCGCGGGGCAGGCCGUGCUGCCGUGGGCUGCGCCGGAUGCAGAGGAUGGAGCAGCCGAGCAGGAAUGCGUGUUUUCGCCUCCGUGUCUGCAUUUUGGGACGGCCUGUCACCCAGGGGUGGCCGGGCGGUGCUGUGACAAGCGCCUCCGUCGCGGGCCUUGUCCAGGAGCACACGAGGAACCCGCAGCCGCACCUCUGCCGAGAGGGGCGUCAGACCGGGCGAGGGGCCCCUCGGAGCCCUCCCCGUACACGUGCCUGAGCCCGUCGCUGCCCGUUGCUGCCUGUCGCUGGUGGCUGUGCCCCGGAGCCAGGGCGGGUGUGACCGUGCCAGCCGGGGGCCAUCCCGGGCGGCAGGCGUCCUAGGGGUCAGGCGGGGUAGCCGUGGCUGGAGUAAAGUGAGUGUCCACUUGGUGGCUUCCGUGAACCGUCUCAUUGAACUUUCACCUUCAUCUUGUGAAGGUGUUUCCCCCUCGGUCCAGUGGGGAGGGAGGCUUGGACGGGUGUGGACGCUCAAGGCUGCAGGUCGGGGGCCUGGCUCUGAGUCAACACCGGCUGGCUGACCCUCAUGGGGACGGGAGGCAGGCCUCCACCCAGUUCUCAGCUUCCGCUCCUCCUGGCUCCGUGGGUCCUGGCCACCAAGGGCCUGGCACCCUGGCGGUGGCCACCUGAGGCCCCAUGUGGGGCCCGGGUUUGCUGGCCUCGGGAAGAGAAUAAGCAGUGUUCCUGCCACCAGGCAGGGUGGGGCCUUGGGGAGGAGCUGGCCCCCCCCACCCGUGAAGACCCCAGGAGGUACGCUGCUGCCUGGUCACCUGGGAGGGACCAGCUGGCCACACUCACCCCUCAGCCAGGGUCUCCUCGGAGUGGGCGCCAGGGGCGUCCAGCCUUCUGGCCUCUGGGCCACACCGGAAGAAGGAGGGUUGUCUUGGGCCACACGUUAAAUAAACUGCAACACGUAAUCACCAAAAAAUGUAAAGGUUUAAGUAAAUUUUCAAUUCUGUGUUGGGCUGCAUUCACAGCCGCCCUGGGCUGCACGUGGCCCACGGGCCGCAGGUCGGACACCGCUGCCUUAAAAGUGUAUGUCAAUUUGUCACAGUGGAUUUGACUUAUAAAAUAAAGUGAAAAAAACAAAACACUGCUUUGCAGUGACUAGGGGACUCUCGGUGGUUCUUUAACAUUAACUCCUUGCACUCCAGUCCUUGUGAAAGGGACGGCCUGUCACCCCUGCCCCGCAUCAGGCUGUUGCGUCGGUUUCCGCACCGAGGCAGCGGCUGCCCUUCUCUUCCAAGCACCGCAGACCCGGCAGGACCUCCGAAAGCUACGCGUGUGAGCGACUUGAGAGAAAGUAGCCGUCCAGGGAUCUGAUGAUUCUCAUUAAUGCUUCAGCGUUUAUAGAAGCUUCACGCACGCUCCCGUUCUGAGUGGACAAGGCACCUCACAGCGUCGUCCACGGUGCGAACGUUGCUGUUGUGUUUCUUCCCUCCGCCUACACAUGUUGGGACUGAGUUUUCAAUGUCGAAGGGCUGCUUGGCAUUUAUGCUGUCAUCAUAUCGUAUUUGUGAUUCUCUGGGCAUACAGGUUCUGGCUUUUGUGGUCAUAAAGGAUGCUGUUGUGAACUUUAUGUGCCAUGCCUCAGUUUAGCUUGGGAGUGGGGGCAAGUACGUGUUUUCUCAGGACCUUCCAUCACUCAUCAAACUCUCAGCACCUUCGGUGGCAGACUGCUGUGGGCACCGAGGGCGGGACAGUGACAGAAACAGGGGCCUGCCCCCUGGAGGGGACGUUCCCGUGGAGGGGUCAGAGACUACACAAUUGAGAAUUAGCAUGUAGACUUAGGGAGGAGCGCUGCAAAUAAAGCGGGGAGCCAUGGCUGCUGUGGCUCAGUGGAGUGAGCAUCAGCCUGUGAACCGAAGGGUCACCAGUUAAAUUCCCAGUCAGGGCAUGUCCCUGGGUUGUGGGCCAGGUCCCCACGUGGGGAUGCGUAAGAGGUAACCAAUUGCUGUUUCUCUCCCUCUUUCUCCCUCCCUUCACUUCUCUCUAAAAAUAAAGUCUUUAAAAAAAUAAUAAAGCAGGGAGGGGACCUGAUCUAUGACCGGUGAGGAACGAUGAAUUCAGAGCCUGCUCCCUGGAGUGGGACCCCUGAGGUCACGUGUGGUGGCCUCACCUGUUAGCAGGUGCUCUUCGGAACAAGGGAACCGGGGGACAGUGAGCAGCAGGUUUGCCUCCA